AUGGGCAGAGGACCGAGACGAGGACGAGGCGGCGGGCGGGGUGGGAAGCGCCAGCACAGCGGUGAUGGUGACGGCGGCGGCGGCAGCGAGGCGCGCAACGUGCGCCCCCGCACCGACGCCUGGCGCCUGCCCGGCGACAUUGAGAGCAGCGGGCUGUUUGAGGCGUACUAUCAGGGGCAGGGCGUCUGCCCGCCAGAGGAGUGGGAUGCUUUCAUCCUGGCCCUCAAGACCCCGCUGCCCAUCACCUUCCGCAUCAACGGCCGCGGCCAGCACGCCGACCGGCUGCGCGAGAAGCUGGAAACAGACUUCAUGGCGCAGUUCAGCGCGGGGCAGCCGCUGGUGAUUGAUGGCGAGCCGGUGGAGGCGCCGCACCCGCUGGACUGGUACCCCGACAACCUGGCCUGGCAAAUGAACUUCUCCCGCUCGCAGCUGCGCAAGCAGCCGGUGCUGGAGGCGCUGCACGAGUUCAUCAAGCGGGAGAACGAGACCGGCUCCAUCACGCGGCAGGAGGCUGUAUCCAUGGUGCCGCCGCUCUUCCUGGAUGUGGAGCCCCACCACUGGGUGCUCGACAUGUGCGCCGCCCCCGGCUCCAAGACCUUCCAGCUGCUGGAGGCGCUGCACGCGGGCGACGGCACCAUGCGCAAGGCCCCCGACAUCUGGCGCCGCUGGGGCACCAACAGCGGCAACAACCUGCACACCACCCAGCUGCGCAUCACGCUGAGGGCGUGCCAGCUGCUGCGCGUGGGCGGCCGCCUGGUCUACUCCACCUGCACCUUCAACCCUGUGGAGGACGAGGCGGUGGUGGCAGAGGUGCUGCGGCGCACCAAGGGAGCGUUUGAGCUGGUGGAUGGGUCGGACCACCUGCCAGGGCUGCGCCGCGUGCCUGGCUUGCAGCGGUGGCGGGACGGCCUGGUGCCCUGCCUGUACCGCUUCUCCCAGGACGGCCUGCCCGCCCUGCUGCCGCACGUCACCCGCCAGCGCUUCCACCCCACGCUGGAUGAGCUGCUGGCGGUACUGAAGUACAGGACGGUGGGCCUGCCUGAGGGCUUGCGCGUGCACAUCACCAAGGGCAAGCAGAAGGAGGGGCAGCAGGAGCAGGAGCAGGCGGCGGCGGCAGAGGCGGCUCCCGCGGCGGACGCGCCCGCGGCGGCGCCAGAAGCCCAGCAAAAGGAGCAGCAGGAGGAGCAGGCUGUGGCCUUCGUCCGCGCUGAGCCAGCGCCUGAGCCAGCACCUGAGGCAGAGCCAGCGCAGCCGCCGCCUGCUGCGGCGGAGGCGGCGGCGGACACGGCGCAGGCCGCUCCUCGCUUCACGCUGGGCGACCCCGCCACCCUGGAGCAGCUGCGUUCGGUGGACAUGGGGUGCUGCGUGGCGCUGAUGCGGGCCCAGGAUGCAGCGAUGCUGGGCUUUGCGCCCGAGAGCGGCGCAGGUGCGGCGCGGGGUGGCUGGCGGGGCUGGCUGGCGGGGCGGCAGCUGCGCGUGUGGCAUGGCAGCUGUUGA